AUGCAUUCUUUUUUCCUGAUUGACACCAAGUCUGAGAAGGUGUGCUUCGCAGAGGCAGGCAACGAUGUCGUGGAGUUCCUCAUCGGUCUCCUGUCCCUGCCGCUUGGCACUGUUGUCAACCUGUUGACAAAGGAUCGCAUGGGCGGUAGCCUUGGCAACGUGCUCAGCAGCGCGGAGAAACUGGACGCGAAAUACAAGAUUAAAGAGCGGCGUCUCAGCCCGGCUGUCGGCCGAGCUACGCUCUCCUGCCUACAACAGCUACUGAGUGCGCAGCUCAACAACGCAACGACACUCGCCCCUGACCCUGUUGGAACAACAACAGCCACGUCACUACCUACAUCCACGUACACGAUUGGGGACAACCUUUCGGUGACUCCGGCAUCUUUUUUCACGACUAUUUCGUUGUUGGGCAUCACAGAGCUUGGCACCCUGGACCUCAGUGCACUGCAGCAAAAGACUGUAAAAAUCGGCAAAGAAGAGGCGCUGGAGAUACUCGUUGCUUCCCUCAAGUCGGAGACCGUCCCGACAGACGUCUUUCUGCCGAAGAAGAAGGCUCGCCGCUAGAGACUAGAGAGAAGCUCCUGAGGAAGUUAAUCGGAUAUUACUUGGUGCUCGCUAUUUUAGAAUUUUAGAUACCUUUUUUGACAUAUCAUAUUUGCGAGAGCAAGGAGGUAGACAUGAUUGACUUGGUACUGAUUGCAUUUAUCCGAUUUUUACUCCUUUGGGACAUUUCGUGCUAUAUUUCAUAUAAAAAUUGUUCUAGUUUUUA